CCUCCUUCUAAACGCUCCUCCUCCCUUUCAACUGCUUGCUGAUGAGAGUAAGUGAGUGAGUGACUGAGCUUCACAGUCGUCGAGUGGGGGUUCUGGUUUGUUACAACGACGAGUUGAUGCGUCUGUCUGUCGCUGCACUCGCAAGUCUGUCGCAAAUUCGUGCAUGGGCAUGAUUAGAGCUUCUUCAGAGACUGUUUUUGUCCAGGAACUCAGUCCAAGUUUUAGAUUCUGCUUCUCCAGUCUGUUUGGUUGGAUUCAGGUGGAGCUUCAGGCGUAGAAAUUAUUCUGUUUCGAACGGGCUGUUUCUGUUCUUCUGAUUGUACAGAUUUGGUUGUCUGAGAGGUUUAGCGCUCUGGUGUCGUUUAUUGGAGCUUGCGAUGGCGAACAAGCGGCAACGGCUCGCGAAGAAACGACUUGUUGCAAAUGGUACGAUUGCCAUUGGGGAGGUAACCUCGAGUAGUGGAGGUGCUAGUAAUGCCGAGAAAGAAACUAAAGACUCUACCGAUAAUGGAGGUGAGAAGAAAGUUGGGAAUGUUAAGGGGUCAAAAAGAGAGAGAGCAAACGAUUCUGGUGGUAGUAGUGGCGUGCCCAAGAAAACCAAAGUUGCAAGUUCUAGUAAGCACCCUCUGCGUCAAGCUGGGAUGAAACCCGGCGAGGGCUGUUUCCUUUGCAAGUCCAAGGACCACAUUGCCAAGCAUUGCCCAACUAAAAGCGAGAAAGAUCGUCACAAGAUGUGUCUCGGUUGCAGAAUGUGGGGCCAUACUCUCAAGAAUUGUCCUUCGGAAUUCAAGAGUGCGGAUGUUAAAUUAUGCUACAACUGUGGUCAACCUGGACAUUCGCUUGAUAAGUGUCCCAACCCUCUGAAGGAUGGUGGAUCGGCAUUUGCUGAAUGUUUCCUGUGUAAACAACGGGGCCAUCUUAGCAAGAACUGUCCGGAUAAUAAAAACGGCAUUUAUCCCAAGGGAGGUUCCUGUAAAAUAUGUGAGCAAGUUACGCAUCUUGCCAAAGAUUGUCCUCAGAAGAACAGUGGGAAGUUUGCAGGCAAUGCCCGGGUGAAGCUAAAAAUAUCCACUGAUUCAACUCAGAUAUCAUCGGGUGUGGGAGGCAAACGGACGGUGUUCAAAAGUGGAGAUGACUUAGAAGAUGAUUUUCAGGAUGAAGGAAAUGCCGGGCCUGACACUUCAGAACGGAGUGAUGACGACGUAGAUGAUAAACUCGGUGAGCCAAUUAGUUUGCCGAAGACUGCGAAGUCAAACACCAGGGACAUAUCAAAGAUGUUGUCUUCAGGAAAACACAAGGCUGGGAAAUAUCACCCAAAAGUUGUAAAAUUUUGACCUCUAUUUCAAACCUUACUUGAGGCUGCUUUUGCAGUAUAGUUUCAUUUUAAGUGGUUCAUGUUUUUUUUCUUAUGACCAAAUGUAUAUUGUGUUUAUUAAAAGACACAUAUUUCCAUGCGAAAUGUCUUGUUAAGAAGUAAAGAGGCUGUCUAAAUUGGAGUGGUCUUAGAGCUUGCACCAAU